AUGCUCGUGCCAUUUGCGGCGCCCCGGCCAUGGCAAUUCCGCAGCGUGCGCAGCGCGGGCCGUGUCCUGCAGCUGCGGCGCUUUAGCGAGGUGAUCGAGCACACGGCCUAUCUGAACAUGAUUCUCAAUGCCAAGGCCAGCUUUCGGACGCCGGAGGAGAAGUCCAUGGGCAUUUGCGCCUGCUCGGCGGGGAACCACGCGCAGGGCGUGGCCUACUCCGCAGCUGCGCUGGAUAUCUCGGCGAAGAUCUUCAUGCCGCAGACCACGCCCAAUAUCAAAGUGGACUCCGUGCGAAGGUUCUCCAACGCCAAGUCAGAAGUGAUCCUCGUGGGCGACAACUACGAUGCGGCAUAUGCAGCGACCAUGGAGUGCAUGAAAGCAGAGGGGAGGGUCCUGGUCCAUCCGUUCAACGAUCCACUGGUCAUUGCAGGCCAGGGCACCAUCGGGAAGGAGAUCCUGGAGCAGACUACGAAGGAGGACGUGGAAGCGGUCUUUUGCUGCGUCGGCGGUGGUGGCUUGUUGGCGGGUGUGGGUGCCUUCUUGAAGGCGGUGAAGCCUUCCAUCAAGGUCAUCGGUGUAGAGGCAAUUGACUCUGCUGCGAUGACUGAGAGUUUGAAGGCCAAGCAGAGAUUGUUGAGAUGGCAUCAGCGCUUUGGCGUGAUUGAGUGGGUCAAUUCGCGGAUGGAGCAGCGGCCCCUGGGCAAAAUGAUUGGAAGAGCGAAGACUCCGAACAAAUGCCCAGUGAAGCUCAGUGAAGCACCUUCUCGAGACUUCGAGAAGGUGGCCAAAGUGGGGGACGAGACCUUCCGUCUUUGCACGGCCUUCGCCGACGAGAUGAUCACCGUCUCCACCGACACUCGGAGAGAGUCACUGUGUCCACCGCCACGGGCAGCUGAAAUCGGACAGCACGUGCGCACGCGUGGUGGUUGGUGGUUUCGAAGCAAAGGUGCGAGAGCGCGCGCACGGUUUGGCGCGUACGGUUGGCGCAUGGUUCUUGGCGAGCUCCAUCAGGACGAGAUUUGCGCUGCCAUCAAGGAUUCCUUCAAAGAUACUCGUGUGGUCCUGGAGCCCGCCGGCGCCUUGGCCACGGCGGGGCUGAAGCGCUAUGCCAUGCCGCUGAGUGAACGUCAGGGGCGGACUCUGGUGGCGGUCAGUAGUGGUGCAAACAUGGACUUCGAUCGUCUCCGCUUUGUCUCCGAACGCGCGGACACCUCGGAGACCCACAUUGCGGUCUACAUCCCCGAGAGACCGGGCGCCUUCAUCGACUUCUACCGCUUCAUCUUCCCUCGGAACGUCACGGAGUUCACCUAUCGCAUCAGUGGGAAUCCUGCGAGUAUCUUCAUGAGCUUCCAGGCGAGGCUGUGGCGUGUGGCAUGCGUGUGGCUGUGGCACUGUGCGUGGCCGAAGUUCGCGGAGGUUCUCAGGGACGAGCUUGGUGAGACCGUUUUCGUGCGGAGGACGGCCGGUUACGACGUCAUGGACCUCAGCGAGAAUGAGUUGGCCAAGACACACGGGAGGAGCCUCAUUGGUGGGCGAGCACCGACUGAACUCACCGCGGAGGAGGGUCUCUUCAGCUUCGAAUUCCCGGAGAAGCCUGGGGCUUUGAUGAAGUUCUUGGAACAACUUCCAUCAGAUUUCAACGUUUCGCUCUUUCACUACCGUGGACAUGGCGCGGACGUGGCCCGUGUGCUGGUGGGCUUGCAGGUCCCCAGCAAGUCUCGGCCUCGCUUUCGGGAGUACUUGGCCUACUUGGUCUCCAAGGGCUAUUCCUGGAAGGAGACGUGCAAGUGGGUUGAGCGAUAA